CACGUGUGCCGGAGCCGGGGGCGCUGCCGCCCGCAUCGCCCGCGUGUGCCGGGAUCUGGGAUCGGGAUGGGCAGCGCGGCCGGGCCGCUGCGGGUGCUGGUGGACAUGGACGGAGUCCUGGCCGACUUCGAGGGCGCGGUGCUGCGGGAAUUCCGCUCCCGCUUCCCGGCGGAGCCGCGCGUGGAGCUGGCGGAGCGCAGGGGCUUCUCGGUGCGGGAGCAGUACCGCAGCCUGCGGGAGGACCUGGAGGCCAAGGUAGCCAGUGUCUAUGAGUCGCCUGGCUUCUUCCUGAGGUUGGAUCCAAUUCCAGGAGCCCUUGAAGCUAUGAAGGAGAUGAUCCACAUGCAGGACACCCAGGUGUUCAUUUGCACGAGUCCUCUCCGGAAAUACGAGCACUGCAUCGUGGAAAAGUAUAAGUGGGUAGAGAAACAUUUGGGGCCCGAGUUUGUGGAGAGGAUUAUUCUGACCCGAGAUAAGACCGUCGUAGCUGCUGACCUGCUGUUUGACGACAAGGACACCAUCCAAGGUGCAGAACCGAACCCGAGCUGGGAGCACAUCCUGUUCACCUGCUGCCACAACAGGCACGUCCAGCUGCCGGCCCCGCGCCGGCGCCUGCUCUCCUGGGCGGACGACUGGAAGGCCAUCCUGGAAAGCAAGCGCAGGCAGUAGUGCAGGAAGGGGAUGCUGUGCCCUUCCCAAUGCCAGGGAAACCCGUUCCCAGGAGCCAGUGAGCACCGUCACCUCGGGGUCAGUUAUAAUAACGAAUGAGCUGCCACUGUCAGACUUGGCACAGAGCUGACUCUCUGCGUUUCUGGAAGAUUCCUCUGCACACAGUUAACCUCUGUAGCAUUUUGGAUGUUUGCUGUUUGGAGAAGAGAAACUGUAAAACACAA